CUAAUGGAUGCGCAAACCCUCGCCGCAAAGGCCGCGCAAGCACUCACGGACGCAACGGCCGGCCUCAGCAAUCAGGAGACGGAACGCCUCGCCGGCGCGACCAGUCUCACGCUCGCGCUCGAAGACGCCGGCAGCUGGACGCUGCGCUGGGACCAAGCGACGAGCCGACCCCAACUCAUUAACGGCGAGGAGGACGGCGCGAUCAAGGUGACGACGACGACCACGACGCUCGUCGCGUUAGCCUCCAAGAAGCUCUCGCCCUUCACGGCGCUGGUCCACGGCAAGCUGAAACUCGGCGACGGCGCGCAGCAGCACGCGCGCGAUACUGUAAGGGACGCGGCGGCGCGCUGGAUGCCGGUCCUCAUGCGCGUCGGCGCGACGCUGCGCGACCUCGUGGACGCGCCGCCGACGUUAUUAGCCGGCGGGCUCAAGGCGCGCGUCACGGCCGCCCGCAUCCGCCCCGACGGCGUCACGGUCUACGAUAUUGCGGUGUCGGCCGGCGCCGAGGCCUGGACCGUCACGAAGCGCUACUCGGAGCUGCGCGCCGCCGCCGGUGUUUCGUCUGGACCGCUCGCGUGUGCGAUGGACGACGGCUUCCCCGCGCGGUCGGUCGGCGGCACGGCCCGCAAGCAGGCGCUCGACGCCUGGCUCCGCGCCGCGGCGAAGGCGUGCACGACGGAGCGCGCCGCGCGGAUGCUGUACCCCGUGCUCGGGGCGACGCCGGCCCGCGUCGACGCCGCGGCCGCCGACCUCGCCGCGGGAGCCGAACUGCGGGCCACGAUCCCCUUCGCGGCGGCCGGCUUCGCGGCGCGCUUGCGCCAGGGCGCCCAGCUGCGGGCCGCGCUCAAGCGGGCGAAGCCGACCAAGCCGCGCUACGGGCUCGGCGACGCGUGCGCCGCGGUGCUCUACGCGCUGCCGCUCUACCUCCUGAGCGCGUGGCCGCGCCUCGCGCUGUGCUACGCGUUUUUAGUGGGGUUCGCGGCGCGGCCGAUGGUCGCCGCGUUGGCGCUGGCGUUGGCGCUCGCGGACGAUUAUGAAUUUAUGAUGGACGUGGCCGCCGCCGCUCUUGCCUCUGAUUAUCGCUGGAUGCGGCCGCCGCCGCUCUCUCCGUUGGUUAUUGCGGCGGUCAACGGCGGCAUCCUGCGGGCGUGGUCGGGCUGGAUGCGCGCGGUCACGGUCUACUGCGUCGCCGGCGCGGCCAUCGUCUACUACCUGGUCGCGAAGCUCGUCAACAAGUACGUGCUGCGGCUGGAGGGGAGUGACGCGGACGCGUUCUGGGAGCGAAGGCACACCGUGGCCGCGCCGUUCGUCGUGAGUCGCCUCGCGGCCCUGGGCAGCCUCUACGUGAAACUCGGCCAGUACAUUUCGGCUAGAGCAGACCUCGCGCCGCCGGCCUGGAAGGGCUUCCUCGAGGCGCUCCAGGACGACCUCGACGCCGACGCGCCGCGCGUCGUCCGGCGGACCGUCGAGCGGGCCUUUGGGAAGAAGGUCGAGGAGGUGUUUGCGUCCUUUGAGUGGGCGCCCGUCGCGUCGGCGUCGAUCGCCCAGGUCCACCGCGCGGAGCUCAAGGACGGUUCCGCCGUGGCAGUCAAGGUGCGGCACGCUCAUAUCGUGGGCGUCUUCUGCGGCGACCUAUCAAGGGCGAUCAAGAUCUUCGACUUCUGCGCGCGCUUCAACGAGGUCUUCAAGGUGCAGGCGGACAUUUGCCGCGCGUGGGAGCGCGAGGCCCACAAGGAGUUGGACCUGACCUACGAAGUCGCGGCGACCACGGAGGUCGGGCGCUUCCUUGCGUCGAAGCGGGCGUCCUCGCGAACGGUGUCCCUCGUACCCGAGCUCAGCGCACCCUCAGCCUUUGUUAUGGGCUGGGAACAGCUCCACUGCAAGGUUGAUGAUAAAGACGCUUUAGCGGUCCACGGCGUCGACGCCACGGCACUCGCCCGGCACUUCGCGCAUGUGAUGUGCGCUCAGAUCUUCGAGCUGGGCUUCUUCAACGCCGAUCCUCACCCGGGCAAUGUAGCUCUACGCUUCGAUGAAAGUACGGGUACGGCGCGGUUGCUCUUACUUGACUGGGGCUGGACGCACCGCCUCACGACUGCAGAAUUAAGGGGCUGGCGUGAUUUGGCCCUGGCGCUGUACGAUUCCGACGUCGAGCGCGCCUCGAAGGCUCUGGCGGCUCUCGGCUACAAGACGAACCAGGACGGACGAGACGCGGCGCGGAACGUGCACUUCAUGGCCUUUAUUUUGAGAGACGCGUCGGACCAGGAGACGGCGCGCCGCGAAACCAAAGAGCGCAUGACCGCGAUCCGCGACCGCAUGAAGGCCGACAAGGCGGCGGGCGUGCGCGAGAAGGGCGGCCGGAAGAUCCAGGGCCUCCCCGAUUCCUUCAUGUUCGUGAUUAGGUGCAUCGGCAUGAUCCGGGGGACCUGUGCUCAUUUGGGCGUCAGUCUGCCUUUGGUAGACAUCAUGGCGACGUACGCGCGGCGCGGCGACGCGCGCGACCGCCGUCGUAUGAGACGCCGCGCGACGCAGUAGUGUGAAUAAUAUGUUACCCAAAU